GAGUCCUCCUUUCUGGCCCCAGGCUUCAGAAGAAACACCUCCAGCAGGAGAAGGAGUGCCUCAUGUCCAAGCUGGUGGAGGCGGAAAUGGAUGGGGCUGCCGCAGCCAAGCAAGUCAUGGCCCUGAAGGAUACCAUCGGGAAGCUGAAGACGGAAAAACAAAUGACCUGUACGGACAUCAACACCCUUACGAGGCAGAAGGAACUUCUCCUGCAGAAGCUGAGCACAUUUGAGGAGACCAACCGCACCCUCCGAGACCUACUGAAAGAUCAGCACUGCAAAGAGGUGAGCUCCCGGCUCACAUCCACCCCUAGCACCACAUGCCCACCCCCUCUGAGCCUGUCUCAUCUUCUGUGAACAAAUAAUACUCUUGGUGACUGACCUGAGAGGGCUGUCGAAAGAUUUGACAAAAUCAUUCACAUUGAGUG